AUGGUACCAUCUGAGGGUGGGAAUCUACCGAUUUGGUGUAGUGUUAUAGCGAUGAUGAUUAUCGUAUUUACUGUAGUGUUUGGAUUUAUUAUCAAUAUUCUAUUAAUCACAGUGAUCUUGCGGAAAAAACACCUGAAAACGUACAUGAACGUGUAUUUCAUUAAUCUAUCCGUCAGCGAUUUGAUAAUUUGUUGUGUGACUUUACUAAUUCGUUCGGGAAUGUUUAUUAACGGCGAUAACUUCCCGGAAUCCGUUUACAGAGUGGAUUUAUUCUUACAAACGUUAACUGACGUAGUCCGAAUGUUUCUGUUAGUCGGUGUCAGCUUUGAGCGUCAUCAAGCAAUAGCCGCACCUUUUAAAAAAGGGAAUAGUGGACGUCAUCGGACUAUAGCUGGUUGCGUCUGCUCGUGGGUUGUUGCUGUCAUAUUAGCAAUAGUGUGUGCCAUCCUUUAUGAAAAUAGUUUAACCUUUGUGUUCACUGGGAAAUCUAUCAUGAACAGUGAAGAGACCGAAAUGUAUUUCAUUUUACCAAUAACCUUCAUCUGCCUUACGAUCAUCACCGUAUGUUAUUUAGCCAUGUUGCGGCAUCUGUACCAUCACGGUAAGAAGAUGACCACAAUGCGAAAGAAAACCGCACAAGUGACUCCCGAGGUAACAGUUCAAAUCCGUUCAGAAAUUGAAACGGUAUCACACGCAGUAGACGCUAAGAUACUUACAAACGCUGCAGCAAUAACGCAAACGGAAAAGUCCCAAGUGUUACUACAACCUCAAUCCAACAUUCCAAACAUGCCAGCACAAAAUGAGCAGAAAGUUGUGAAAAAUGUUGCCAUACACGACAUGGACGGUACUGUACAUAAGGAAGACGUAAUCGUAGAAAACAAAAGCAAAGAGAUAGUCGGGGCUGUUUGUGUAUAUAAUCCGAAAAAUCGCGUUCAGGGAAAACGGCGUGUUGAAAUGCGUGCAGCAAAACGUAUAGCAAUAUUAAUGGGUAUAUUCUUACUAUUAUGGCUACCGUUUCCAAUUGAUAGUAUUAUAUGCAAAUUGAUAACAGAUUUACAUACUGGAUGUCGGAGUUCCCUUGCAUUACUGAGCAGCAUCAGUAGCCUUACCGCCAUUACCAAUCCUCUUUUAUAUAUGCUGACCAACAAACAACUGAAAGUGGAUGCCAAACCUUUAGUGGAAAAUUUAAUGAAAUGUAGACGCAAGAAAUAG